AAUGCAGAAUAAAUUUUUAACUGAGGGUUAAAUGGUAAUCAUUAACAUCUUUUCACUUUUAGAUAGGGCAUAGUGUUGUGACACUUAGUGAAAUGCAUGAAUGCUUUUUAGGCAUUUCAUGUUUGAAUUCACACUAGUCGCUAUGCAUUUGAUAUGGACUGCGGUUUAAAUAUGGAUAUUCGCAAUAGUGAUAAAACAAGUUUUGUUGGAAGAACAAACUAUUUUACAGAAUUAAACAGUGCUUGGAUUGAUUACAAAGUAUUUGGAAUAUACGGACUAAAAGCGAUAGGGAAAUCAAGCUACUUUAAACAUUUCCUGAAAUUUAAACGAGGUGAAGCUCAUUUCUUUGAUCUAACCACUAAGCAGACUAUUCGUUCUUUAUACAUAUCUAUUUGCUCAUCUUUUGCUGAAAAACCAGACGAACUCGCAAUUUGUUGCAGCAACAAUUAUUGGAUAGAACACAUCCUUGAUAUAAUCCAAGAAGUACCAAAGGACGUCACUAUAGUGUUUGACAAUGCUGAAGAUGUGAUCGAUGGUCCUUUAGUCGAAAAGUUUCUGCGAUUAUGCACAACAUUGAUAGAACAUAGUAAAGCCAAAAUAGUGAUUACAUCUACAACUAAAGUUAUAUUUACAAAACACAGUAAUAUUUACUUUACACAAGAGAUCCUGCCGUUAACACCAGACGAGUCAAAAAUUCUCUUCUCAGUGGCUGCUCCAGAUGUUGAUUUGGGUUCGUACAGAGAUACCAUCGUUGAAUUAAGUGAGGGAUUACCACUUCUCAUACUUCUAAUUGCAUCAGAAUUAGAGGCAGAUGGAGGGCAUGUUUCGCCAGAAGAAAUGGUGGGGUUGUUGCUAGAAUGCCGUCUACAGACCAUUAGCAAUAGUCAUGCACACACGAGAGUUGAUGUUUUGUACAGAUGUUUCAUUCUCCGACUGCAAGAAGUACACAGAGAUUACCUGGUGACUUUAGACUACAUCCCUGGGUCAUUUACAUCGCGACACGCCACAAUACUCUUGGAUGUUGGCACGGAGGCCAAGACAAAACAGUUUGCACUGAAGCCAAUACGUGACCGACAUAUGCUUCGCUAUGAGUCGGAUUCCCGUAGAUUCAACAUACAAGGGAUACUGAGAGAGGUCAUUACAACGAACUUUGUCAUCAAGAACUUGGCAGAUGUCAAAUCAAGGUACAUUCGCUUAUUCUGUGGAGUUAUGAAAGACAUUGCUGAUAAGAUGGGCACAUCAGAAUACACAAAAGCUAUAGCAGAAUUUUCGAUGGAGCAACCAAAUCUUCGAAAGCUGUUAUGGGAGGUUGACGAUACAAAACAAGACACUUAUCACUUCUUUAUAGAAAUAGCUUCGUCGUGCACGGAACUCAUCGAGAAAUAUAUGGCAGACCAGAGCGAUGCCUUUUAUGGAGGCUGUCUGGAACUAGCAGACAAAUACGGAAAGGACAAAGACAAGGUUUCCGUUUACAUUGCUGUUGGAAGUGUUGAAACACUUACUAAAGGAAACUUACAAGUUGGCGAGAAAAACUUCUUGAAAGCGCUACGUGUUCUCAAAAAGUAUGAGGACAAACAUCAAAUGGCCGUUGUGUACAAGAAGUUGGGAUGGAUUGCUUUUAAACAGGGGUUUUGCGCUCGAGCUGUAGAGCUGUGCCAGAAGUCGCUCGGUAUUUUCCAGCUAGGUAGAGAUGAAUACGAGCUCAUUACCUUGGAAAACCUAAGCAUCAUGGCGUCAGCAUGGACUGUUUUAGGCGAGUUCGACUUAGCAGAGAAAUACCACAAUUGUUGCCUAAAGCGACGCGAACGACGGUUCGGUAAAACAAGCGCAGCCGUUGGGAAAUCAUUGAACAAUAUAGGAAUUCUUUUCGAGAAAAAAGGAAACCACCAGAAAGCUUACACACUCUUUAUGAAAGGGUUAAACAUGAAACGAAUUGGUCAGACUGAGACAUUAUCUAUUGUAUACUCUCUCAGUAAUGUUGCAAAUUGCUUAAUCAAUAUAGGGAGAUCUGAUGAAGCCCACGAACACAUCGAUGAAGCCAUUGAUAUCCUUAAUAAGGAAAGAGUGCCAAUGCUGGACGGCUUGUCGUUGGUCCGGCAUACAAAAGGCAAAAUAUAUGCGAAAGAAAACAGAUUCAAAGAGGCAUACAGUGCUUUUUCUGAAUCGAUAAACAUUUCGCGAACGUCAGAACUUAAAGGUUUUGUGUGGAUGGAACGAUUAUUAGAUCUUGCAAGAUUACAACAGAGAAGAAAACAGUAUAAAGCUUGCAUAAAAACCCUGGCAGAAGCAUUGAGUUUUCAAGAGGAAAUAACUAAGUGUAUGGAGCAUUCCUUUGACAUCAUCAAUUGCUUAAAAUGUUUGGCUGAAGUUUGCAAAGAAACCAAAGAUAAAUCUAAGUAUAUUCAAACAUUAUACUCGAUGGAAAAAGAGUGUAUUAGAUUAGAGCAAGUAUGUAAAAAGUAUGGAAACAAAGUUUGGACAGACGAGGUGCAACGGGAGUUGAACAACACCCAAGCAGAAUUAAAACAGCUUGAUAAACUUGCUAAAACAUAUACGAAUAAAUAAUCGAAAACUUUUCAUUUUUAUUCUUCGAAAUUUUGAGAUUUUGAGUUUGUUGGUUUAUAUUUGCAAAUUUUGCAAGUUUAACAGAAUACUAAGACAUGUAUUGUAUAUAUACAAAUGACCAGUUUGUACGCAAUAUCACACUGAUUUUAGUGCUUUACGACUUCAACCAUAUAUUUGGAGAAAGUUCCACACGAAA